UUUCAUACAAAGUCGAAACCAUGAAUCGUUGGUUAACUGUGGCCUUCCUGGUGGCCUCCGCCGGAGGAGCAUUCUCGCUGUACUCGGCCAUUUCGGUUGGUUCCGGAGGACUUGCCAAAAUGGCUACCAACCUGCAGUCACUGUCCGUCGUGAUGAACAACUACUACAACGCCCUCAACACUGACCGGACCGUGGUGAAUGCUACUUUGAAAGAUUUGGCAUAUUUUGUUAACGUGACCUAUGCUAAAUUAAACAAAACAUACGGAAUUACGCAACAACGAAACAUGGAGUCACUGAUGAUGAUGGUUUCAUACUUUAACCAAACCCUCGGAUACGGAGAGUUAUCCGUUAAUUCCCAGAUUGCGUCAGAUCUGAAUCAACUGUCCUACACCCUCCAGCAGGCUAUUGACAGCAUUUUCAAUAGUUUUACCUAUACGACGACCACCAUGAGUUCAUACGAUCAAACGUAUGUUCAGGACAAAUGCCUUGCCAAAAACGUCACCCAAAUGGUGAACAUUCCCAAUUCUCUGGGUAAGCUGGGACCGUGUCUUCAACAGGAGGUCAACACUGCCAACGCCAUCACCCCAAUAAUUGUUGCAACUAUUAAACUGCUCAAGAACGAUAUUAUUGCCUUCAACAAUCUUCUGAACAUUUGCCAGCCCACAUCUACUUCUUGUAUUGAAGCGUACUUUUCGGGAGCUCUCAAUGAUCUGGGUAUCAUUCAAAGUUCGUUAAGUAUCGUUCAACAAUAUGUCAGUUUCAUCCAGUACGAUGCAUCCAGACGCAAUACAGUUUGUGGAGAACUGGUCAAGGCCGAUAUUCAGGAUGCUCAACAGAACUUGAUGUCGGCAGUAUCUAGCUGUUCAUAUCCUCAAAUGUAGCGAUUUAAUUCGUAAUAGGGGUACAAUGUAGAGCAAAACAUCAGUUUCUGAGGUAGUUUGAAAUAAAGCAUUUAAGAUUCUUCCUACACAACAGUAA